GUCGCUUCCUGAUUGACACUGACGGCGUCCAAUAGACUUAGCCCCUGUCACCUGAUCGGUGUAUAGUCAUGUGAUUGUCUUCCCUGUGUCAGUGGCAGGAAGAUGGCGGCUGGGACGUUCUUCUUAUCGCUCUCCGUCCUCCUGGUUCUCGGGGCGCCAUGGCGCGCUGCCUCCUCCCAGCAGGUGCCCGUCCUCCUGUGGUCCAGUGAGAGCUCCCUGUGGACAUCGCAGCCCAGCGCACAUGGCGGUCACGUGACAACCGAUCUCCAGUUGGGUCAGUACUUGGAUGCGGCUCUCAGCAAUGGCCCCAGGAAUGUCCUGCUCUUCCUCCAAGAGAAGUUGAGCAUUGAAGACUUUACAGCUUUCGGAGGAGUCUAUGGGAACAAACAGGACAACGUCUUCCCAAAUCUGGAGAAUAUUAUGGAGUCUUCCCCAUCUUCUCUGGUGCUGCCGGCUGUGGAUUGGUAUGCUGCCAACAUCCUGCCCACUUACUUGAAGGAGAAGCUGGGUGUGAGCCCCCUACACGUGGAUCAGUCGACUUUGCUGGAGCUGAGGCUCAACGAGACUAUCCCAUCGCUGCUUGUCGUGAGGCUGCCCUAUGCCAACAGUGCAGGGAUUGUAGCCACCAAAGACAUUCUCCGAGCCAACGAUGAAGUGAUAGGACAGGUUCUGAGCACCCUGAAGUCCGAGGGGGUCCCCUACACCGCGCUCCUCACAGCGCUCCGGCCAUCAUGGGUAAACAAGGAAAAUGACUUUGCUGCCGUGGGCACUUUUGGGCGCCAGCUGUUGGCGACCGCAACACCGACACCUACGUAUCCCCCCGUGUCCCACAACGGGACUGGAAAUGUUCCCUGUAUCCUGUUCUGGGCCUCAAACAUCACAGUGUUUAUGGGUCGGGAGAUGGAUCUCACUAACCUUACGUUCCGUGGGUCCGAAGAUAUCGCCAAGGACUCUUUCUGCAACGGAAGUAGCGCCACGCUGGUGCUGAAGUACGACAAUGAGAAUGUGAGAAUAGUCUUCCAAAUGGAGAGGAGCUGGUAUCCAGUAUCGGGGAGAUUUUGGUUCACUUUGAACAGCGUGGAGGUGUUUAACGGCACAGUGAACGCCACGUUCCUGGCCCCUCAGGUCAACGCUCCCAGUAUCUACUCCUACCGCUGCGAGUACGUCAGCACCAUGGCCAAGUAUGGACCCCUCCUGGUCAGGAACACCUCCGAAACUUCCCCUUCUUCCAACUGGCACCUGACCAUCACCGAUUUUCAGAUCCAGGCCUUCAAUAUGACCAGUGUGAGGUUUUCCUACGCCAGUGACUGCGCCGGCUUCUUCUCUCCCGGGAUCUGGAUGGGUCUCAUCACCACUCUGCUUUUCGUCUUCAUCCUGACCUACGGACUGCACAUGGUUAUGAGCCUGAAGACCAUGGACCGCUUCGAUGACCCCAAGGGACCCUCCAUCUCUGUGCCCCAGACGGAGUGAUCUCCCCACCCUACUGAGCCGUCAUCUCCUUUCUCUCCUGUGUCCAGGUCCUACGACAUUCCAGACAUUGAUUCGCCUCCCCGGCUCUCCACUUAUGUCUUCAUAUAUGCCCCCGUGUGUGCCCAAAGUCAGGUUUAACCCUUGGUUUGCCAGCCUCUUCACUGUAUAUAAAAGCUAUCUCUACGUAUCGGGAUCACUGAGGCGUAAUUGACCUCAUACCUCUGAGGUGUCCCAGACUAGAGAAGCGAGGCUCUCUGCCUUGGUGAGUGGGCGGAGGUCCCUUUUUUAAAAACGUUUACUUUCCGGUAAAAGUAUUAGGGGUUUAGAGGGUUAAUCCUGUAGUUGGCUUCUCAUCCAUGGGGCUGCACGGUGGUAGCUGUGCCCAUAUUUCCCAACCAGGGUACUGGCAGCUGUUGCAAAACUACAAUUCCCAGCAUGCCCGGACAGCCAACGGCUGUCCGGGCAUGCUGGGAAUUGUAGUUUUUCAACAGCUGGAGGCACUCUGGGUGGGAAACCCUGCUUUUAAUUUAAUUAAUUUUUAUUUUUUCAUAUCAUUUGGCUCCAGAAAGUUAAACAGAUUUGUAAAUUACUACUAUUAAAAAAAAAUCUUAAUGCUUCCAGUACUUAUCAGCUGCUGAAGUUGAGUUGUUCAUUUUUUAUCUGACCACAGUGCUCUCUGCUGACACCUGUCUGUCUGUCUCAGGAAUUGUCCAGAGCAGGAUAGGUUUGUUAUGGGGAUUUGCUCCUACUCUGGACAGUUCCUAAAAUGGACAGAGGUGUCAGCAGAGAACACUGUGGUCAGACAGGAAAGAACUACACAACUUCAGCAGCUGAUAAGUACUGGAAGGAUUAAUAUUUAUUUUUUUCAAUAGAAGUAAUUUACAAAUCUGUUUAACAUUCUCAAGCCAGUUGAUAUGAAAAAAGAAAAAAAAAAUUAUGGAAUACCCCUUUAAUUUUACUUGCUCUUUGUAUCCCCUAUAUAUAUUCUGUGAGAUUACUUGAAAGCAUUAGCAAUGAGUAAUUGUCAGGUCCUUCAUACCUAUGCGUGGGCACAACAUGGCACCACCUAUAUAUUUGUCAUCCCCUGUACGCCCUGCAGGGGGAGCAGCAAUGAUGUAUAAAUUCUUUAGGAAAGUGUUCCCCCCCCCCCCCCCACCCCUUGGCCCUAUUUGCAAAACUACAACUCCCAUCGUGUAACAGAGGGCCACCGAUUGGGGAACACCACAAGUGUACAGAAUAAGAAGAAAUGCUAUUUAUUUGUGUUUAUGUGUUUAUGCCAGCCUAGGCAGGAAUGCUGGGAUCUGUAGUACCCUAGUGAUGUGAUUCUGUGAUCGGAUAAAGUGCACUGUUAGGCAGGUUAAAGGGGUAUUCCAGGAAAAAACUUUUAUAAAUAUAUAUAAUAUUUAUAAAUCUCAACUGGCUCCAGAAAGUUAAACAGAUUUGUAAAUGACUUCUCUUAAAAAAUCUUAAUCCUUUCAGUACUUAUGAGCUUCUGAAGUUAAGGUUGUUCUUUUCUGUCUAAGUGCUCUCUGAUGACACGUGUCUUGGGAACUGCCCAGUUUAGAAGAGGUUUGCUAUGGGGAUUUGCUUCUAAACUGGGUGGUUCCCAAGACAGGUGUCAUCAGAGAGGACUUAGACAGAAAAGAACAACCUUAACUUCAGAAGCUCAUAAGUACUGAAAGGAUUAAGAUUUUUUAAUAGAAGUCAUUUACAUAUCUGUUUAACUUUCUGUAGCAAGUUGAUAUAUAUAUAUAAAAAAAAAUGUUUUUCCUGGAUAACCCCUUUAAGCUGCUGAGAUAUAUAUAUAUUGUCAUGUGUUCCAUGGAAAUGAAUGGGAUACGUGCGAUUUCCUCUGUAACUAUUCACUGUAUGGGAUGAAAUAAAUCUUCCUGUGGGUUGUGUUUA